AUGCCUGGCUGGUGUGUGCGCCCUGUGCAUGAGCGCGCAGGGCAAGCGGAGGACAGCGCCUUCCAUGGCGUGGGGCCUGGUUGGCUCCUAUGGAUGAGGUCAGGGGGAGGCGCCUGCAGCCGCCUGGGGAAGGGGGAGGCUCUGUGGCCCACCCGGGUCACCGUGUGCCAGGUGCACGGACCUCCUCUCCGCUUUCACCUGUGCCGGAGGGGUUGCGGGGGGCUGACUGGCCUGGCCCCAGUUCUUCAGGCCAUCCUCCUCCCUGUGCCCUGCCCAGCUCACGGUCUGUGGUGCCAGGACUGCACACUGACCACCAACUCCAGUCACUGCACCCCGAAGCAGUGCCAGCCGUCGGACACGGUGUGUGCCAGUGUCCGGAUCACAGACCCCAGCAGCAGCAGGAAGGAUCAUUCCGUGAACAAGAUGUGUGCCUCGUCCUGCGAUUUUGUGAAGCGGCACUUUUUCUCAGACUACCUGAUGGGCUUCAUUAACUCUGGGAUCUUGAAAGUAGACGUGGACUGCUGUGAGAAGGAUUUGUGCAACGGUGUGGCCCGGGCGGGGCGCAGCCCCUGGGCCCUGGCCGGGGGGCUCCUGCUCAGCCUGGGGCCCGCCCUCCUCUGGGCUGGGCCCUGAGGUCCCCUCUCUCCCGCAGGGCUUCUGAGCUUGUCCCCAUCCCCCGAGCCUGUGGCUGCCCCCUCCCCAGCCUGGCCUGGCUGGCAGGGGGGCAGCCUUGGCUCUGCUCCACAGUCUGUGGCCCUCGCCCUUCCCCAGACGUGACUUCCUUGUCUCUCCACAGCUCCAAAUCUCAGCCAGCAGGACAUCUCCAGGAAUCAGGCGUCCAGCAGGAGGCUGGGGGUGACGGCAGGGUGCUGGGACCCUAGGUCUGUGAGUGCAGUCAGGCUGAGCCAGGCCCAGCCCGAUAGCCUGGCUGUGAGGGCCUCCUCUAUGGAGAAAUAAAGUCACUUUUGAGUCCAGAGACCUGGGUCUGAGCCUGGGUGGGGGUGCUGGGGGGCUUCCUGGCAGAGAAAGCACAAGUGGCAGGGCGGCAGGCACUGGUCCUCUGCAGGCUGUGUGUGCGCUGGGCUGCUGGGGACAUGGACCUGGUAAGGUUUGGGAGCAGCCUGAGGGGCAGUGGGAGUUGAGGUGAACAGGAUCACAGGGUGCGCCCGAGGGCGAGGCCUUGCAGCCCUGUGUGCAAACGUUAGGGACAUGGGACGAGCAGACUCACACCCAGGUCCACAGAGGGCACACUCCCCACCCACGACACGCUCACGCCCACAGGCGCCCCCGUGUGCACAAACUAACACGUUCACGUCACACCAGCUCCUGAACCAGCGCGCCCAGUGCAGGCACGUCCACGCCCCCCGUGCAUGCGCGCACACGGGAACAAAACAUGCCCCGUGUGUAGGUCUCUCCGCCCCUGAGUGUCAGCUCCCCUGAGAGCUCUCCGGGCCGCUUUUGGCUCACCUGCAGACCUUGCGUGCCCUCCCUUGGCCUGGGAACCAGACAUCCCCCCACCCCGCCCUGAGUUGGGUGCCAUGGGCAGGGUCUCAAAGGCAGUCCCCUGACCAGGAUUGAGGAAGCCCACGCCCCUGUGUGGGAUGGCACAAAUGGCCUGGGCACUUACGGUGGGAGGGAGCAGAGGAGGGCCAGUGGAGGUUAACCUGAGGGUGUUGCUUCUCCGGCUCUUCCUGCUCCAGCAGUGGGUCUGCGGUUCAUCCCUGCACCCCGAGUCCAGCCCAGACUCCACACCAUCUGGCCAGGUGGCUUGUCCUGUUUCCCAGGCUCACCACGUGAUACCCAGUGAUCACUCCAGGCUUUCUCUGGGAUCUGGUCUUUGGCUAUUUCCUCUUCAUUCCUCUGUGGCUGGCCCGGCCUGUGGUCACUCCUUGGUCCCCGACUCCUUGGAAAGAGUGAUAGUUCCUCUACGAGCUGGCCUUGGCAUCCGUCCACCUGGCUUCUCUGCGUGAGGGAUGGAGAGGGGUCUGGGGGUCCCGGGUGAGUGAACCAGAGAGAAGAGUGGGGUUGCUGGAGACUGGUGUCAAUUUCCUGCUGGUGGAAACGGCCGAGGGACCUGUCAGAGGGGCACCUCCUGCUGCGUUUUAAGUUUGCUCUGCUGCUCUGCGAUGUACCCACCCCCCCAAGCCUCAGUAAAGCGCUCUACCCAUC